AUGUUAGAUAAUUACUAGUGUCCAAGCAAAUAACAUCAUCUAUAGAAAAAUAUGCAAAAGAAAUACUAAGAUGAAUCAAUUAAUGAUUCUAAUUCAAUUAAAUUAACUCCCAACGUCAGAAAUCAAAUGUUGGGAGUAUCCAAAAUAUCAGACAUUAAAGUCUACAAUGAUUAUUCUAUUGAUUCGCAGUUUUUUGAUAAGAGCAGCAUCCUGGAGUAAUCGCUAGAAUAAGAGCUGAGAAUAUGGAAAGAACAAUACAAAGUUGAUCCUCAAGUGGUCUAAAAAAUAGAAUUAUGUAUUAUGAUGAUAGUUACAUUCUAGAAAUAAGAAAUAUUGAUAAUCAAAUAACUUAAUUGGCAACCUAAUUUGAAAUCUGCAUCAAUUUACAAUAAAAAACCUAAUCUUAUUUUUAAGAAUUUCAAUAAAUUGUCAAAGGAACAACUUUUACUAAGUUUUCGAGGUCUAACUGUAAAAAAACUGCCCUUAGAACAAUCUUCUAUUGUCCAUUCUUAAAUGCAAUAUGCUGGAAGUCCAAAUCAUCUAAAUUCCCUUCCUCCAAAUAAAUUAUUCCAAUAGACCAGAUAAUUCAAAUACACACAAAUUAUUCCAAGUAUUUUCAUUUUCUCUUAGCAUAGGUAUAAAUUGUUUAAGAAAAACUUUGCAAUUCCUAAAUAGUUUAAUGAAGAGUUUUUCUUUGCAAUUGAAGGACGCAAUGGAUAUCGAUUAGAAUUGAUUGCAGAAUCUAAAUAAGAAUAAGAUUUAUACAUAAGAAUCUUAAAUCAAUUAGUCGAAAAUAAUCAAAAAUCUUUUAAUAGCUCUUUUUUUAUUGAGUAAUACUCUUAAAAUAUCAACUAAAUUAAAAAGGUAAUAAUUAUUUAUAUUAAGACUUUUAGAAUCUCGACACUUCCAAAUUGUGUUUUAUAGAGGCCAUAGAAAAAUUACAAUAUAAUUUCAUAUAAAACACAACAUCCUUAUUGUAACAUGAAAAAGAGAAGAAUAGCUUAUUAAAGAAGAGAUCUUGUCAUAUCAUAAAUUAGAAUAAAUAAUAAAUUGAUGAAUUGGGUUAAUAAAAUCAUUAAUAAAAGAAAAUGAUUCAAGAAUUAUAAUUACAGAAGGAAUACUAUGAAUAAAGGAUUGUACAAUUAUAGGAAUUUUAUAAUGUAAGAACUAUGCAGUUUAAAACCAGUUAAAGUCCCUAACUUUCAUAAAUCAAUCAAAUCUUGAAGGAUAUUAUAGGAUUAGAUGGUGAAAACAGUGUAUACAAUGAAUCUUUGAUUGAUGUACAAGUCUAAUAAGUAGAUUAGUAUUAAGACUGUUUGAAAAAUCUUAGAAAAGUUCAAGAUAUUUUAGUCAAUUAAUAAAACUUAGAAAUAAACUUAAGAACAAAAAUGGAAAAGUUAUAAAGUGAAAAUGCUAAUUUGUAAUAAUAAAUUAAAAAGUCAUAAGCAGAUAUCAAUGAAUGUGAAGGUAUAAAUUAAAUGUUGUAAAAAAAAUUAAUUGAUUUUAAUUUAAAUAUGGAAUCAAAGGAAGAAUAGUUUAAUACUGUUAUUAAGGAGAUCUAGAGUUUAAAAUAACACCUACCUUGUAGAAUGAGCACAUCAUAGUCAUAAUCAGAAUAUUCAAUUAAGCUGAAUGAACAAGAUCAAACACUUCUUAAUUUUUAUAUUUAGAUUAUAGCAUUUUUGUUUUUCAUAUUGGUUCCAGAAGAACUAAGCAAUGAAUUUGAAUAAAUUAUGUAAGGAUUCUUUGUUAAGAUAAGUACAAAAUAUGGGGACUUGCUACAAAUAUCUUUAUUAAUAAAAUAGAUAAAUAAAGUUUAUCAGAAUUUAGAAUAGCAAUACAAAAAUAAAGUAGAAUAAUUGUUCAAAGAAUAAAUCUAUCAUUACUUCAAUUAUAUUCAAAAUUCUAAUAAAAAAGGCAUGUCUUCACCUACAAGCACUUAAAAUUCAAAUAAACUACUAUUAGCGGAUAAAACAUUUUCAUCUCCCAAUAAUAAGAUAUUCGUUAAGAACAGUGCUAAAUUUUAUAAGAGAGAAGCUUUUUAAUCAUUAGAUCCUCAAUAGAUUAAAUACUUAUCAUAAUUAGUUAAAUGA